AUGGAAGAAGAGACAGCAAAUAUUAAUAGAACACCAUUGGAACACAUUUUCCGCCUGCCAUUUGAGUUUGAUGAAAAUGACAGACUUGGACCAUGGGACAUUCUAAUAAGUGAAGACGCAAUAAAAUAUAUAUCGCAUUUGGAAUCACUUCCGAUGAUUGAAAAUGUCAUGAAAAAUCUCAGAAAGAUAUCUUCUGGAACGUGGAAUAAACAUAGACUAAACAAUAUGAUUUCAUCUUUCUCAAUUCCUGUUUAUGAAUUGGAGCUUCAUGAUCACGAUGUCCUAAAAAUAAUCUGGCAGGUUGACUCUGGGUUUUCUGUCCGUAGCUAUCUACUUACGCAAAUUGUGAAAGUUUGGACUAUCACUGACAGUCGAGAUCAAAUCGAUAAGACUUUAAACAAUCUCAGGAUGCUUCAUCAGGUUUACACAGAUGAGCAAAGUUAUCGGUGUACCAUUCGACAAAUUGGUAAAAAUGGUAUAAUUUUACCAAAAAUCUUUGAAGAGGGGGAGAAAAAAUCCACUGAGAACAAGUUUUACAGCUCUCGAAUGGAUGAUGAAAGGCUGUUAGAAGUUCAUAAAAUGCUUGUUACAAAUAAGUUCAUUCCUUUAUCAAAGAAUUUGUUCAAGUCGGCAAUAAUGGGUGGUAACGGUUUCACUUUUCAAGUAUCAAAAGUAGAACACGAAAUCAUCAACAAUCCCACUUCAACUAUCAUAGUUGGUCGAUCUGGUACAGGGAAGACCACCUGCAUUGUGUUUAGAUUAUUUGCUUCCUAUAUCAACAAUUCAAGUUAUCCAUUUUAUAAAACACCAUUCUCUACAGUAAACAAUGACGAAGACAUUUCUCACAAGAGGCAAAUAUUCAUCACGGUGAGCCACAAUCUAUGUCGUCGGGUAAAGGAGCACUUUUACAAGCUGCAAGAGUCGGCAAUACUUGCUAAGACAGAGAUAUCAAUAGAUCAGUUUCGUAAUUAUCUUAGAAAAAAAGAGGAAGAAAGUCGCGAUGCAGAUACAAACAACAACAUAUUGUGCGAGGAAGAUGAAGAUGAAGAUCUAAAUAGCAUUCCAAACUCGUUUUCUCGUCUAACAGAGGAUCAUUUUCCGUUAUUCAUUACCUACAAGAAAUUCUCUAAAAUGCUUGAGGGGACAUACGAAAUUGAUGUUCGAAAGUUCGUGCAACAACAAGACUUUGAUGACAAUGUUGAGGACACACAUAGUGAUGAAGAGGGGGAUCAUAAUUUAUCUUUGUUUAACAGAUCUCACUUUGUGGACUACGAUGCUUUUAAGGAAAGGUAUUGGAAGUGUUUCGAUGAUAACAAACUGAACCGUGAAUUGGUCUAUUCUGAAUUUUCUGUUAUUAAGGGAUCGAAUCCCGAAGGAAAGUAUUUAUCAAGAACAGAAUAUCAGACCAUAAGCACUAAAAAAUAUCCUGUAUUUUGCCACAACCGAGAUAAAAUUUACGACUUGUUUUUGCAAUAUGAAAAGAAAAAGAAGCGUAAUGGUGAUUAUGACUCAAUAGAUCGAACACUAGCCAUUUUGCGUUGCGCCAAGGAAAAAGAAAUUGAAGGUCUACAUAUUCAUGAAAUAUAUAUUGAUGAAUGCCAAGACAACCAGAUUGUGGAUUUUGGUCUUAUCUUUAAAAUUUUUGAUCGUGUUGACAGCAUUUUUUUAGCUGGAGAUAUAGCACAAUGUAUAGCCAAAGGCUCUUCUUUCCGAUUCCAGGAUAUCCGUUCCUUGAUAUAUAAAUGGGAACUCAAUCGAAUUCAAGCUAAUAAUAUCCGUCGUAGUGAUAUAAAGCCAAACCAAUUUGAACUAAAUAUCAAUUAUCGUUCACACAGCGGGAUCCUUCGGCUUGCCGCUUCAAUAAUUGAUCUUAUCGAACGCUUUUUUCCUGAAUCAAUCGAUCGUUUACCACGUGAACAUAGCGAGGUUGGCGGUCCUCGGCCUAUAGUUUUUAAAGGAUUUCAAGAUAAAACCUAUUUUGAUGUUUUUUCUGUUGGCAAGACUGCUGAAAAUAAUAACGUAUUCGGAGCUGAACAGGUUAUUAUCGUACGCGACGAAGAAUCUAAAUCACUUAUCAACAAAGAAAUCGGAAUAGUGAUGACAGUGUAUGAGGCAAAGGGAAUGGAGUUUAAUGACGUUUUAUUGUAUAAUUUUUUUACAAAUUCACCUGGGCGUCAAAAGUGGCGAUUGAUUCUUUCUGCUCUGGAAAACCAGCACAAGGGAAUUCAAACCUUUUCCCAUGAAAAGCAUUAUAUCCUUUCCUCUGAGCUUAAGCAUCUCUAUGUUGCAAUUACCAGGGCACGGCGACAUAUUUGGAUAUUUGAUGAGAAAAAUGAAUACAUUGAACCAAUCUGCAAAUACUGGGAACAUAAUGAGCUAGUCAAAGUGAUCCAAAGUGAAGUUGAAACCAUCACUUUCUCCACAUUGGGCGAGGAGAGUAGUUCAACAGAAUGGGAUAAAAAAGGAAAGAAACUUUUUGAACUACGGCAAUAUGAACAGGCUAUUUUCUGCUUUAAGAAAAGUGAAAAUUCUGAUAAUCUCAAGAUAGCCGAGGCCUAUCAUCUUCAGCAAAUAGCAAGAGCUUCUAUAAAUUAUUCCGAUCGGGAUACUAUAAUUUCGAAUUUUAGUCGUGCAGCUGGUGCAUUUCUAGAGUGUGCUCGGCUUACACGGGCGGCUUUAUGCUAUGAGGAUAUCGACAUGUAUGAAAAAGCUGCUGAAGUUUACAAAAACUCUAAUAUGUUUGAGGAUGCUGCACGUUGUUUUCUUAAAGUUCGUAAAUUUGAAGAUGCGGGAAAGUAUUUUAAAAGGGCGAAUAAGUAUACCGAUUCUGUUGAUGCUUAUAACAAAGGUAGAUGUUAUGAAAAAAUCAUUAAAUUGAUGCAAAGAGAAAAAAUUGACGAGGAAGUAUUCAACUGUAUCUUACGUCUUAUUAAUAUCCAUUACCGCAAGGAAAAAGACAGGGAAAUGAGCGAGAAAGCGCUUUCCGUUUUUGCUCGAGAGGAACAAAUAAAUUUCCUUCAAGAGCUUUAUUAUGAAGAAUUUCUGGAGUUCUGUGAGAAGAAUGUUGAUCUGUUUCGUGUCGUCGUUGAAGACUCACGCUCGCGUGGAAGAUUCAGUGUUGCGGUUGAUAUGUUCCCUCGUAUGGUUUACAAGUUUCCUUGCUUGAUUAAUGAUGAGGAGGACACUAUAGAGUAUUUACGAUGCUGCUUAUAUCUAUGUCGAGUUAAAGUGCUAGAUUUUGUGAAUCCGAAUUUUGCUGAACUAAAAGAUCGUCUUCUCAUGGCAAACAAUAUUAUCACGAAAAUCAAAUUGCAAGAUUGGAAGAGAUCUGAAGAGGGCAGGAAUCUAAAAGAAGAGUUCCAAUUAUAUCUAGCCUAUUUGAAUUCAGAUCUCGAUGAAAUCCGCAAGCUCAUGCAAUCAUUUAAUAAACGUGGAGAUCGCGUCAUCGAAUUUCGUGCUAUAAUUAUACGGCUACAUAUCUCAAGUUCUGAUGUUCAGGCCGAGAACUGGCAGGAACGAUUGCAAUGUCUAUUGAGAAUAUGUGAACUGGCUUUUCUCUUUAUAGCUCCUCAAGAUUACGAGAAUAAAACAAAAAUUCACCAAGAUUUUCAAGAUAUUUUUGUUGUUGAUAAAGUUGAGAAGCAUCCAUAUAAACGAAAAAUAUCUUUUGACAAUCAUCUUAUUCAUAUUCUGAAUCAAAAUUAUCAAAAUAAUGCAGAAAUCUCAGAUGGUUGGCAUGCAUAUGACGAGAAGAUUUUGAACUUGGCUAUCUCGCAAUUUCUUGCUUCAUAUAUCUAUAAACACAUCUUGGAGGCUGUUCAGAAAGAUAGAAAAAUUCAAAAUAUAAGUUCUGAAUUAUGCUUUAAGAUAAAACAUAAUCAUCGAAAGCAUCACGUUAUUUCAACACCUUCAAUUUUGCGCAAACAUUUCUCAUCUGCUCGUCUUCAGUACAAUGUGAGGGAACAAUUGUACGCUUUGUACAAUGGAUUAACAUAUAUCGCUCACAAAAUUUGGUUGCCUCAUGUGAUUGACAAUUGCAAUGACUUAUCGGUUAUGUUAAAAUGCAUGCUCUUCCUUCACAAAUUACAGGACUAUGGGGGGAUUAAGAAUUUUGAUCAGGAAAUGUCACAAAAAAUAAUAUGGCAACCUAAGAAAUUACCCAUCGGUUUUGUUUACCACCUUGGAUAUGAUGAAGCUGUUCCUGUUGGAAGAAGACUUUCGUUAUUCUUCUCAAAUCUCUCUAGUAAUCGCGUGUUAAAUGCAAUCAUGCACGUAAAGACAUUUAUUCAAUAUACUAUCGACAAUAGUAAACUAACCAAUAUAAAUACACCCGAUACGCUUGGUGAGCUUAUAUCUCUUAUGGAGUUCAAAACAUCCUUACUCUUUGCAGCUGGUCCUGGAUAUUGUGAUUUUUGCCUUCCUCAAGCUUAUUUGGUUAAUUAUUUUAAUGCAUUUACUGCGAAGCCACUUGUUCCUCACCAACAUAGUUACAACAGAUCUCGUUAUCUGACUGAAAUCAAGAGUUCCAUUGAUCAAGUCCAACAGCUUCUCAAUCUGAUUUUCACUGAACAAGUUUAUUUAACCAAUAUUCUUAGAUUAAUACGACUCUUGGUUCUCAUAUGUAUAAACGAACCCACUUCCGCAAAUAAGGUCUUUGAUCUGUUUGUGCACUGGUACAAUGACAAAGUAUUUUCUCCCAAGCUCUUAAAAUACUUGAAUAAAAGUUCUAUGGACCGCCUUGCGAUAAUUCUUCAUGAUGAUCUUAAAGAGACAGAUUGCGAAUCCUUGGUAAUCGUCCAUUAUCAUUCAGAAGCUUCGUCAAAAUUUUCUGAUUUGGAGAAACAUGGCAUUGUAAAGCUUAAAUAUACCUCUGUUAAGGAGUUUCAUAUUGCUCUUAAACAAAUCGUCUCGUCGAAAGUUACUGAAAAAAGUACGUUUUCUAACAUUCCAAUAAAUCAACUGUCAUGGAAACCAAACGAUUAUAAGCAGAACAAUGAAAAGUUUCCAAUAUCCAACGAGGCUCAAGUCUUGAACAAAGAAACCCAAGUCAAUAAAUCAGCCAAAGAUGGCCCAAUUUUAGAAAAGAUUUCUAACGAGAUGAUAAUUUUUUGCAAGGAUGAACUUCUUUGGAAGGUUGCUACAGAGAACAAGGGGAAAGAAAUUGUAAAUGAAUAUCAUACUCUAUUGAAAGAUCUGAUUGUAAAGAACAUUGUAGAUUUGAGAGAGGUUCAAGGAAAAAUGGAUUCUACAAAGAUCAAAUUGCAAAAAGCAAUCAAUAAUUGCAAUUCGGAUGACCAAAAAAUUGAUGAGUUACUGGACGAACUGGAGUAUGUUUCUAUGCGUGAUGCUAAAUUCACUGUCAAUAUCAGAGAAUACGACAAUGCAUCAAGAGGCAAACAUCGAGUGGCUGAAAAACGAAUCGCAAAUGUUCAACAAACUACUUAG